AAUUAUGGGGUGGAGUUAAUUAUAAUUAGAUCUCAUAAUUUAAUGAUCUGCAUGCUCAUGCAAACAAGUAUUUCAGACUCACUGUUUAGACUGCUGGACUAGUGACUGCUGGAGCUAUCAUGCAAGGUGACAUAUCACUGCUUCUUCUGCUAGCAUAGGUCAGUUUGGCCACAAGCUCUUAUCUACAAUUUCCACGAAUUAACUUUGAAGGAAAAUUUAACCCUGACGUAGCCACGAAUAACAAUGAACGACUCAAUUUCUUGUUUGCUAGUAUCAGCAAGGAAGACAUGCUUUUGGAUGGUCGUGGCAGUUUCAAUAAAAAUGGCGCAAAUACGUGGAGUUUUGUUGAUUGCAAGGUUACUUCUGUAGCAUAUGGCAUUGAUAAUAUAAAAGUUGAUAGUGAAGAUGACUCCCUCAUUGGCCUGCCGCUAGUUAACAAUCCCAAUACUGCCCCUGCCAAAUUGGUGGAUAUCGAUGUCGAUGAACAGUUAUUGAGUUCUGUUAUUCAUGGAAUGAAACUCGGCAUUAAUUAUGAUAGCUUAAAUCCGAAACCCAACUGCUUUAUUGGUGAUUUUAAACCAGCUGUGGUAGCCAGUGAUUGGUGGGACCGCCAGGCAAAAUCUGAAGCGUAUUUCCAGCAAACAAUUGGUACUCGAGUUGUUUCCAGAAUUGAGAAUGUGACGUGGUCCAAAGUUGAAUCUUUACUUCCAGGAUCUAAGGCAUUGGAAUUACUCCAAGAGGCAUUAACAGAGGAGGGUACAGCACUCUCAAUCAGGUUCACCUUGUUCAAUUAUAGCAAGAAUCCUAGUGACAAUUGGUUUACAUAUGGAAACGUUGUUGGGAGCAUUGGUAUAUCGAAAAAAGACGACUCUUUGCAGUUUCCUGAAAGCCGUGUUAUGGAAUUUCUCGAUAAUCCUCCACUAAACCACACGGAUGAGGACUGUCGUACUAUUGGCGAUUGGAUGCAUGGUGCCUAUUUUGAUAUUGAUAUGGAAAAGUCUACAAUAAGCAUUGACAUGAGCAAUUCUUUUGCAAUUGGUGUACAAGGCAAAAUUUGUAAAUUAUUCAAACUCUAUCUUGGUAUAACCGAAACUGAAGGUAGUGAUACAAAGUUCAAGAUAAUUGGUGAAGUUCCAUAUCAAGAUGAAACAUGGUACAACAAAAAAGCAGGAAUUUUUGAUUUUAAGCUAGACAAAACACAAAUAGACUUGAUUCAAACACACUCGAAAGUUGUUGUUGUUACUACUGAAGGUGAAAUUGAAAUUGGAAAGAGUUAUGAGUCCUGUUAUUAUAAGAAAAUUUUGUUGUUGCACCGAGAAACACAAUUUUCGCCUUCUAGUGAUAAUGAUAGUUAUGCGUGUGUAUAUAGACUAUUAGAAGAAACCGCUUGCAUGAUUCGCCCUAUGGACAUUUUUGUUAAUAGAAUGGAGAAACACAACACUGCAGACAUCAGGCUGAAAAUGAAUUAUUUUGGCGAGAAACGUCCCGGUAGAACGGUAAAACUUCACGAUACUAGCCCUAAUGGUCGCACCUCUGAAACUGCUAUUUCUUACCAUGGAAAAGAUACUACAUCUAAUCUGGGUGGUUCAAAUACUAAAACGGCUACCACUGACAGUAAUGGGAUAGCGACAUUUGUGUUUAAGGCUGGAGAUGUAGGAAGGCCAAGAGGAAGCAUUAGAAUGGAUGGACAAGUCUUUUCGUAUAGAUAUUCCUCUCACGAUUGUAUUCUUCAAGAUAACUUUAUUUCGAAACUAAAUGCAAAAAAUAUUUGUACUCCAAAAAAUGAGGGGAAUUACUUUAUGUUUUUGAUUUGGAGCCCAUUCACUGAAGUCAGGCCAUAUUUCUGGGACAAGCAUAUAGAGCCGAUUUUUAAGCAGUACGAGAAUCUAUAUCCAGUUAUGAGCAGUAUUGUAAGGCUAGGCGACUAUGAUGAUGUAACAAAGCCACACAACGUCAAGUUAAUUUUAAAUGCUAUGAAUCUUCCUGAGGAGCAUGUGAGUUAUAUGCCCGUAACUAGAGAUUUGUCUCCUUCAAAACGAAACAUGAUCUUAGAAUGGCUCAAAACUCCUAAUUUACCUAGAAGCUGGGAAGACAUCGACCGAAAACUGUUCGAAACCCCAGCUUAUUGUGACGUUCAUUUCUUGUAUAAUGACAAAGAGGAACCUCACAUGAACAUUAACUCAAAUAAUGCUGACACAAGCCCUCAAAAAUCUGGUACCGGCUCAAAAAAAAAGAAGCUUGCAUAUAGACUGGCAGAAUCUAAACUUGCCCUCCACUUCUCAAACAUUUUGUCCCAUGUCAGAGAUCAAAACUUACCUAGUAGUGACGUACUUGAAGUAGUAGAUGAAUUUGUAUCUCUGACAAUACCUGCUUCCAAACUUGACUCUAGUGAAUUGAUGUGGCAAAAAUGUGAGACAAAAGACGAUUUGAUCAUUGCCCUCCAGACGGCUAUAGCUCUUGAAUUUUCAACGAUUCCCCCCUACAUGACUGCACUGUAUUCUAUCAAAGAUGGCUUUAAUCAGGAGGUUUACAGCAUUAUCCGUUCUGUUGUAAUGCAGGAAAUGUUACACAUGGCACAAGCAGCGAAUUUGUUGAUUUCUAUUGGCGGAAAACCGAAAAUGGAAAACCCAAAAGAGAGUUUUAUACCUAAAUGCUUCCCAACAAAUUUGCCCGGUGACGUUUUACCCAAUUUGACAGUGCGUCUUGCCAAGGCCUCACCACAGCAUAUUCGAGAUAUAUUUAUGAUGAUUGAAUUCCCUGAUAAAAUUGUGUAUGACGGUAACAUGCAUGUUGGUGAAAAAACAGUUAAUGCAUUGACAAUUGGAACCUUCUACUCUAAAAUUGAAAAAUGUAUGGAGGAUUUGGACGAGAAACGUUUGCUCGGUUAUCCUGUUAACCCAGAGACUGAUAAUUUUAUGAAUCAAUUGAAAUGGCCGUGGAAAAUGUCCGAUUCUUCGAGUAAAUUGUACCAGGUGAAAUGUAUUGAGGAUGCCAAAGCAGCUAUUGCCAUGAUAGUUGAACAAGGGGAAGGAACUGAUCAGUUAGAUCCCACCUACCUUGGCACACAAGAGCUGGCACACUUUUAUAAAUUUGGUGAAAUUGCGUGCAAGAAACAUUUGAAUUCAUCUGAAGAUCAUAAAACAUACAGUUACAAAGGCGAAGAUAUUGAAUUUGUCUCUGAAGGUGUUUGGCCCAUGCGUGAUAAUCCAGCAUCUAAAAACAUUCCUCCGAAUACACAUGUCUACCACCAAGCCAAGGUAUUCCACAACAUGUACCUUUCUCUUCUAAACUCUUUGCAAAUUGUUUUCAAUGGAAAACCCGAAGAACUAGAUGAAGCUAUAUAUGUUAUGGAGGCUAUGCAGAUUCAGGCUAAAAGGCUGAUGCAAAUGGAAAUUCCUGCACCUGAUGGUCACAUGCAAACAUGUGGUCCGAUUUUUGAUUAUGUGUGGAGAGACCCAGAAUGUGGUCCUGCUGCAAUGAUAGAGGAACAUGAGUAAAUUUUCGUGGCAUGCACAUACAACUGAACUAGAAUAGCAACUGUUUUGCACGUAAUAUUAUUUUUGGCAAAAAUUAUUUUGUGUGACACUGA